UACAGGAGCCUGAAGGCACACACUCAGAGAUUCAGGAACAGCCUCUUCCCCUCCGCCAUCAGGGAGGGGGUACAGGAGCCUGAAGAUACACACUCAACGAUUCAGGAACAGCCUCUUCGCCUCUGCCAUCUUGGAGUAGGUACAUGAGCCUGAAGACACACACUCAGUGAUUCAGGAACAGCUUCUUCCCCUCUGCCAUCAGGGAGGUGGUACAGGAGCCUGAAGACACACACUCAGAGAUUCAGGAAAAGCUUCUAACCCUCUGCCAUCAGGGAGGAGGUACAGGAGCCUGAAGACACGUGCUCAGAGAUUCAGGAACAGCCUCUUCCCCUCUGCCGUCAGGGAGGAGGUACAGGAGCCUGAAGGCACACACUCAGCGAUUCAGGAACAGCCUCUUCCCCUCUGCCAUCAGGGAGGAGGUACAGGUGCCUGAAGGCACACACUUAGAGAUUCAGGAACAGCUUCUUCCCCUCUGCCAUCAGGGAGGAGGUACAGGAGCCUGAAGACACACACUCAGUGAUUCAGGAACAGCUUCUUCCCCUCUGCCAUCAGGGAGGAGGUACAGGAGCCUGACGACACACACUCAGAGAUUCAGGAACAGCUUCUUCCCCUUUGCCAUCAGGGAGGAGGUACAGGAGCCUGAAGGCACACACUCAGAGAUUCAGGUACAGCUUCUUCCCCUCUGCCGUCUGAUUGCUGAAUGGACGUUUUACCCACGGACACGACCUCAGUAUUUCUUUCAUUUUUAGGUUCUCUUCCACGACGCUUUAAUUAAAAUUUCCAACCUGCAAAUCUCUAAUUGCAACUUGUGGCUUUAAACAAUUGUGUAUUGCAUAGUGAAACAGCAGAGGCCGGUGAUGCUGAGCCUGUCUCUGACCGGGAGAGGCUCUCGGAAGAUUAACCUCCCUCCCUCUUCCUGUCCCCCCAGAUGCUCAAGCUGAUGGCGGAGAGCCCAUUACUGAGCCAGCUGACGUCCAGGGCGGAGCUGAGGCCCCUCGUCUACGUGGUGUGCCAGUCGUUCCACUGGCUCUUCAUGGGUUACUCUCUCCUGCCCUUCUGCCUGCUCUCCUGGGAGAAGUGGGUGCCGGUCUACCAGUCUGUUUACUUCCUGGGACACGUCAUCUUUUUUGGAAAUUUACUGCUGCUGCCUCUACACCGCAGACUCCUCCUGCCAAGGAAACGGCGGAAGGUCGACUAGUCCGCCAGGAGACGGGGCAGGGUAGGUGAGUGUGCUGAGCAUGUCCUACGCUCGU